CCCCUGUCAGUGAACCACCCACACACACCUGCAGCUCUACGGAGACGUGAGAGCCCUGGGCGAUCCAGAUUGCCUCCAAUCUGAACAGGCAAAAGGACAGGAAUCCUGAUUGUGUCUGUUUGGACCUUCAAGUUAGAGGGUGGUGCUGAAGAUUGAACCCAGUGCCUCACACAUGCAAGGCAAACGUUCUACCAACUGAGCUACAACCUCAGCCCUUAACAAAUUAAUUUUUUUAAACAAUUGUUCUGUGCUAUCUUUCCACAGUUUGGAACUCAUCUUCAUCAUUCAUAUGAGGAAACCAGGGAUAAAAUACUUGGAAACACAAUGAAACUCAUCAAAAACUUUUAUGUAUUUUGUAAUAUUGUUAUGUCAAUAGAGGGCUUGGCCUCAAAGCUUCCAGAAGAAAAGGAAUUAAUUACUAACUAUUCCAAUAUGUUUCUAAAAAAGGUUCCCACAGACUUGACCCCAACCACAACCACACUGGAUUUAUCAUAUAACCUCCUUUUUCAAGUUCAGAAUUCAGAUUUUCAUUCUCUCUCCAAAUUGAAAACUUUGAUUUUAUGCCAUAACAGAAUCCAACAGCUGGAUAUCAAGAUCUUUGAACUGAACCAGGAGUUAAGAUAUUUAGAUUUGUCUUAUAAUAGACUGAAGACUGUAACUUGGUAUUCGCUGGCAGGUCUCAGACAUUUAGAUCUUUCUUUUAAUGACUUUGACACCGUGCCUAUUUGUGAAGAGAUUGGCAACAUGUCUCACUUGGAAGUCCUGGGUUUGAGUGGAGCAAAAAUACAAAAAUCAGAUUUCCAGAAAAUUGCUCAUUUGCAUCUCAAUACUGUCCUCUUAGGAUUGAGAACUCUUUCUUAUUAUGAAGAAGGUAGCCUGCCCAUCUUAAACACAACAGAACUUCACAUCGUUUUGCCAAGAAACACAAAUUUUUGGGUUCUUUUGCAUGAUGGACUCAAGACUUCAAAAAUAUUAGAAAUGACAAAUAUAGACUGCAAAAGCCAAUGUGUGAGGCAUGAAACUCAACAGAAUCUUAUUUUAAAGAAUGCCAAGACAUCUAUUCUGUUAUUUAACAAAGUUGAUUUACUCUGGGAUGACCUCCUCCUUAUCUUCCAGUUUGUUUGGCAUACAUCGGUGGAAUACUUCCAAAUACAAAAUAUAACUUUUGGAGGGAAUGUUUAUCUUGACCGCAAUUCAUUUGACUACUCAAAUACUGUAAUGAAAGCUAUAAAAUUGGAGCAUGUACAUUUCAGAAUUUUUAAUAUUCCACAGGAUAGAAUGUACUUGCUUUUUACAAACAUGACUAUAGAAAACCUGACAAUAUCAGAUGCACAAAUGCCACACAUGCUUUUUCCUAAUUAUCCUGUAAGUUUCCGAUAUUUAAAUUUAGCCAAUAAUAUCUUAACAGAUGACCUGUUUAAAAAACCCACCCAAUUGCCUUAUUUGAAAACUCUCAUUCUGGAGGGCAAUAAACUGGAGACACUUUCCUUAGUGAGUAGCUUUGUUAACGGUACACCCUUGAUGCACUUGGACCUGAGCCAAAAUCUAUUACAACAUAACAAGGAUGAAAAUUGCUUUUGGCCAGAAACGUUGAUCACCAUGAACUUGUCAUCCAAUAAAUUUGCUGAUUCUGUUUUCAGGUGUUUGCCCAGAAGUGUUCAAAUACUUGACCUGAAUAAUAACCAAAUUCAAACUGUCCCUAGAGAAAGUAUUCACCUGAAGUCUUUACGAGAGCUAAAUAUUGCAUUUAAUUUUCUGACUGAUCUCCCCGGGUGCAGUCAUUUCAGCAGACUCUCAGUUCUGAACAUUGAAAUGAACUUCAUUCUCAGCCCAUCCCUUGAUUUUUUCCAGAGCUGCCAGGAAGUGAAGAUUCUAAAUGCAGGAAGAAAUCCAUUUCGGUGUACUUGUGAAUUAAGAGAUUUCAUUCAGCUUGAAAAAUAUUCAGAGGGCAUGAUGAUUGGAUGGUCAGAUUCAUACAUCUGUGAAUACCCUUUGAAUCUAAAGGGGACUCGGUUGAAAGAUGUUGAUCUUCCUGAAUUGUCUUGCAACACAGCUUUGUUGGUUGUCACCAUUGUGGCCAUCAUGACCAUUCUGGGGGUGACCGUGGCCUUCUGCUACCUUCGCUUGGAUCUGCUUUGGUACUUCAGGAUGCUAGUUCAAUGGGCACAAACCUGUCACAGGGUUAGGAGGACAGCACAAGAACAACUUAAGAGCAAUGUCCAAUUCCAUGCAUUUAUUUCCUACAGUGAACAUGAUUCUCUCUGGGUGAAGAAUGAAUUGAUCCCCAAUCUAGAGAAAGAAGAUGGUUCUGUUUUGAUUUGUCUUCCUGAGAGAAACUUUGACCCUGGCAAGAGCAUUGCUGAAAAUAUCAUAAGCUGCAUUGAGAGAAGCUAUAAAUCCAUCUUUGUUUUGUCCCCCAAUUUUGUCCAGAGUGAGUGGUGCCAUUAUGAACUCUAUUUUGCCCAACACACUCUCUUCCAUGAAAGGGCUGAUCGCAUCCUUCUUAUCUCUCUGGAACCCGUUCCAUUGUACUGCAUUCCUACCAGGUUCCACGAGCUGAAAGCUCUCAUGGAAAAGAAGGCAUGCUUGGAAUGGCCCAAGGAUAGAUGUAAAUGUGGGCUUUUUUGGGCAAAUCUUCGAGCUUCUAUUAAUGUUAAUUUAUCAGACACUGGAGAAGUGUGUGAACUACAGACAUUCUCAGAGCUGAAUGAAGAGUCCCGAGGUUCUACAAUAUCUCUGAUAAGAACAGAUUGCUUAUGAAACUCCACCUCUGUAGGGAAAUUGGGGAUCAUAUACACUGUUGGGAUAUAAAUGGAUACAAUCUUUAUGAUGAUAAUUUGUCAAUACCUACUAAAAUGAAAAAUCAUUAUUUGCCACAGUCCGGCUGCAGCAAAAUAACCGGGGGGUGACGAACUACUUGUGCAGAUUGAUACAGCAGGAGUGGGAGCGUUUAUUGCAGGACAGGAGCAGUAUUUAUACAUUCCACACAGCUUAUCUAAUUAGCAUAAACUAGAUACAGCAGUCAACCAAUCAGGAAUCUCCACACUUAAUGGCUCGCUUUUGUUACUUCUCAAACCACUCCCUCUGGCAUUUUGCCAGGCACCAUCCAGACUUGUUUACGAACUCUAACAUUCCCCUGGCAAAAUGCCAGGUGUUAUUUUGACUUGUUUACAGACUCUAACAAUUAUUCCCUUCAUGUCAUUUUCUAGAAAAAAUUCUAAAAAUAUAUUCUCUGGGGGUUGGGGUUGUGGCUCAGUGGUAGAGUGCUUGUCCUAGCAUGUGUGAGGCACUGGGUUCAAUCCUCAGAACACAUUAAAAAAAUAAUUAAUUAAUUAAUUAGAGUUAAAAAUAUGUUCUCUAAAACACCUGUACAAGUUUGCAAUGUUUUAUGUAAAAAGAUGUUUAUCACAGAAUUUUUUUAUAACCAUGGAAAGUUGAAAAGCUUCCCAAAUAUUCACAAAAUAAGGGUUGAUUCAAUAAAUUCUAGUAUACCCAUGUAAUAGGAUAUUAAAUAGCCAUUAUAGUAUGGAGAAAAUUAUAUUAAUAUGUUAGUUUAUACAUUGAAAUAAAGGUCUAAAAUAAUCUGUAUCAGCAUACUGAUAUAGUAGUCAUGGUUUGGGUCUAGAAGUUUGGAUUACAGGAAUUUCUAUGUUGUGUAUACCUGUAAUGUUUGAAUUGCUUAGAAUGAAUCUGUAUUUCUUUUGCAAGUUAAAAAAAUAAUUUUUUUAAAGCCUACACAUCCUA